AUGCCAAAACCGACCAAGGGCGAACUGAACGUGCAAUUCCUCGAGAAUGCGCGGUGUUCUGCUCAAUGGGACGAGAUCCCAAACCUGGUGCGCAAGGUGCGCAAGCACACCACAGACAGAGAAUGCCUUGCGACAACUGCCGAGACCGAGCACAAAAUCAUCCUAGCCUCGCUCAAGGAACGGCCCGGCUCCAGACCAGCGACUGCGAUCCCCCCGACCGAGCUUGAUGCCGCAACCCUGGCCCCUAGGCUAUUAGAGGUACUCGAGAACGAAUCCAAAUACCCCGAAGAACGAUACCAAGCACGCGUGUGCGUGGGGUGGCUGUACUGGGCGGUGGGCGAGUAUGAGCUCGCGUCCGAGCAGCUAUCUCUGGCAAUAAGUGGCAGCGACGCAGAGCUUGGCGACGUCAGCACCCUGGGCGAGUGGACUCGCGUAUGCAUGCUGAAAGCUGCGUACCUCAAAGCCAAUUGCUUGUCACGGGACGAUCGGCGACUCGAGGCCUUGACCGUCUUCGAAAGCGCUCUGGGCCCUCUCGCCGAUGUUUGGAAUGGGUACAAGGGCCGGCAGCAGCUGAGUUUUUGGGCCGAGCUCUUCCUGACCGAAUACUGCAUGCUCCAAGCAAGGACGUUAGAGGCAGGAGAGAAGAGCUUAGCAGACCCCAACUCUCUAACCCCUUUGAGAUGCUGGGCGAAGUACUGGGAAUCAUCUACGACACAGGGCACUCCCCUGAAAGGGGGCCACGGAUUCCGUGGUGCCAUUCCGAGGCGGCGCAUAUGGGGCGAGUACUACACGGCACUCUCUGGAAUACUGCAGAACGAUCUGCCUUAUCCGCCAGGCAACCUCACGGCCAUUACGAAGGACACGUCAGCUCGGAACCAACUACGAAUUGAGCUCAAGAAGGUCGAAGCCGCCUACGAAGGUCUUUUGCUGACGGAGACACCAUUCCCACGGGCAGACGAGGAACGAGAAGAGGUGGAGCACUUUGUAAACACGGCAAUGGCGAACUGGGCUGUUCUUGGUGGCCGCGACUGGCACGAGCAUGACCUGGGCCCCGGCGGCAAGGAAGGACUCAGCCGUGGCAUUCUGGACAUUUUGUACCGCGCUGCGACCAAGACCUUCCACUCCACCUCCAUUCUCAGGUCCCUGUUUACUGUCCACCUCUCAGUCGCAGAGUUUGACCUGGCGUUCCAUGCUUUCGAUUCAUACCUGGACAUCGUUACAAAAGGGACGGCCAGGAUCGACAAGACUGGCCAUGUUGAGCCAAGCCUUGACGACGACGCCACUGUGCUACAGACGAUAUCCCAAGCCAUCAUUGCACUCUGCAAGUAUGGCUUCCAUGACGCUGCGGAGAAGUCGUACAAUCUCGGUGUUCAGCUGGAGCAGAUGCUGCAGAAGCUGCCCGCUCCGCUUCCCAACACGGAGGAGAAUAUUUCGACCCUCGGCGAGGAGACCGCUGAUGGGACCGAGCUUCACCCCAGGAUCUCCUCCUGGACAAACGCACUAGCUUGGCAGGCAAUCGGCCUCUCGCAAGCUCAAUGGGCUCGGUACACCUUUGACACCGCAGUUCGCUCUGAAAUGCAGUCAAAGUCCAUCGGCAGUUUUCAAAAAUCCCUUUCGCCUCAGACCGGCAACCCCACAGAUGUCAGGACGCUCUUCACACUUGGCAUUGUGCUCGCUGAGCAGAGACAACUGAGCGCAGCCAUCGACAUUGUCAAGGCCGCGCUCAUGUCGAACAAGAAGGCCGGGGACACGACGCUGGAGACUGGAACUUACUGGAGGGAACGUUCUUUGAUACCCUUGUGGCAUCUACUGGCUCUUUUGAUGAGCGCACGUCAGGACUUUGUGAUGGCGUCGCGGGCUUGCGAAGGCGCCUUUGAGCAGUUUGACGACCCAACAGUCCUGUUUGGCUCGCAGUCCCUGCAGGGCGGCUUCCGAAGUGAACACCUGAACGAAUUGGAAGCCAAGGCGCAGACACUUGGUCUUGUGGACGAGAUGGACGAUGUCGAGAAAGAAGGUAUCAUCGAAGUGAAGAUGACACAACUAGCCCUUGUGGAGCUCUUGGAAGGCCCAGAGGUUGCCGUGAAUGCUUGUCAGGAGCUCCUCGUCCUCUACACGAGACUCUUUGGCAGUACACAGAAACCUCCGACGGGCCAGAAGAGCAUGCUGGAUGUCCCCAAGAGCUCUGCUGGGACAGUCAAGAGUGUGCGUGGAAGCAUCUUUGGAUCUCGGUCAGACCGCAACUCCCGCAAGCCAGCGAGCGCCGCGCCUAGCGACAUGUCCAGCUUGCCUGAGCGACCACUCACAACCCAGACCAGUCGAAGCACCACCACAGCUGCGCCCACGAUUCAAGUCACCGACGACCAAGGCGAGAACGGCAUUUCACAAAGGCCCAGUACGCGAGGCAGGCGCAGCGAUUCUGCCCGGCGGAGCAGUCUGAAGAAGCCCGAGAGCGACACGUCUCAGCGGCGUGCAGCCAGUACCAGCGCUACUGCGCGCGAGCCGACAGUCGUGGACGGUGAGGACUACUUUACACCCGCGACUGAAAUCCCGGCCAAUGACCGGCCUGAGUUCUUUUCUUAUGGAAGCAAGAGCAGCAUUGGAAGAGAGGCUUCGUUCAGCCGCGGCAGAGGGCUUCUUCGCUUCGAUUCGAAUAUCUCGGCCCGGUCCGCGCCAGCUGCCGACAUUACCAUUGACACGCUUUCGCCGCCAAGUGCUCUGCCUGUUGUUCAAUUUCCGGAUGACCAAGCCAAGCGCCAGCAACAAAUCAUCCUCGUUCGGGUGUGGCUGCUCAUCGCUGCUUUCUAUAGGCGGGCUGGUAUGGUGAAGGACACUGUGCAAGCGAUUCAGGAGGCCAAAAGCAUUGUCGACACGCUCGAGGCGGACAUUGCCAAGGAUACAUCUGGGCUCGUGAGGUUGAGCUUUCCCGGAUGGGGUGGGAAGAAGAGUGCGGAUGAACUGUGGAGUGAUGUCCACGCUGAGGCCGGAUAUCUUGCUCUCGUACAAGAUCUUCCAUACAAAGCACGGGCACAUUUCGAAGAAGCCCUGCUUCGCUCUCCCAAUCACCCGCAGUCCAUCCUCGGCCUGUCCAAUAUUCUGCUGGAUAUUUACAGUGAAAACCUGCUGCCUGAUCCGGCUGUUCCUAAGGUCGCGGUGGUAGGAGCAGAGCCUGGCACACUCCCAGCAGAGGAUGCGGCCCACAGCAGCGCCGCUAGUCACUCGAAGAAGCAAAGUGCUGCACCAGCGCUGCCGAAUGUGCCGAUUGGCCUCAAGCCCACCAGCACUGUCAGUGGGACACGGCCGGAAAGCCAGACGCUAUCGCAAUCCAAGAUGAAGCCGGCGACGUCAACACAGACGAAUGAGCUGCCUGCCCCAUGGAAGGCGACGUCUCUGCCCUUGGUCGACCGUCUCGCUGCGCGCGAUCGGGCUUACGGAUUGUUGUCGAGCUUGACGCGCCUCGGCACCGGCUGGAACAAUUCGGAGGCGUGGUUCGCGCUUGCCAGGGCGUACGAGGAGAGCAGCCAGGCUGACAAGGCCAAGGACGCUCUGUGGUGGUGUGUCGAGCUCGAGGAGGCAAAGGGGAUUCGGCCGUGGAGCUGCGUCGGAGCUGGAGGCUACGUGCUUUGA